AACUCGUUCGAGAUAACUGAGAGCAAUUGGCUGAAUAGAAACCUUCUGCAGGAAUCUUCCCGUUCCUGCAAUCCAUCUGCUUGCCAGAUAAUAGAAAAUUCAGUUACACUAACCGAGAUGUUUUUCUUGCGCGUGGGGGAUUUGCGCGCGCGCGUCACCCCCGUGCAUUUAUCAAUUUCGUAUUAUAUUUUCCGAUGAGGUGUAAAUACACGUCAUGCACAUGUAAUUUUAGUCGUGCGACGUCGCGCUAUGCGAGUAGCGCAGACGCCGAUCGUUAUCGUUUGUAUGUAGUAGCGUAAUCGGGAUCGCGUGACGUUUCGUUGUGAACGUCAAAAAUUCGUUCCCGGACUUAAUUAUGCUCUUUUACGUUCUCGUUGCGAAUCUAAACGUAGAAGCGCGUUACGUUGCAGCGAACAUAAGCGUAUGCCGGAUCUUUUGUAAUUAACGAUUAGUCACGCGAAAGUCGCGAGACCAUGAAUUUGGUUGCUUCGAUGUAAUAGAAAGUGCUCUCGUUUAGUAGAGUGCGGCGUUUUGUUUGGUCGACGCACGUCCGUAAAAAUACGACGUGCGUACAAAUAGCUCUUUUCUGUGAUCGCAAACUUGCCUCUUCAUAAAUUUCGCGAGAGAGAGAGAGAGAGAGAGAGAGAGAGAGAAAGAGAGAGAGAGAGAGCUACAAAUAGACUACUACCUCCGUUACGUACAUGCGUGCGUGUGUACAAUGGAUUGCAGAACGACUUAGAUGUAAUAAAAUUGGGAGCUGGCCGAAUUGUCAAAAUUGAGGCUCGUUACUCUGACGGGCUUGUCUAGUAAUUAUAUUAUUAAUUACAUUUAUUGUUAAUUGUUAUUAGUAUUAUUAUUAUUUAUUAUUAUUUAGUGUUCCUAAUUGUAUUAUUGUAAAUCUAUCUAUAAUGACUCUUAGUUGGGACAGUUUGGUGAGCUUUUAGUUUCAUAGUGACUAAACUGUUUUGCAACUCAUUGUACGUGAGUAUUCGUCCUUCUGGAUCGUAAAGUGUCAUUUCUGUUUGCAUGUAGAUUACACACACACACACACACACACACACACACACACACACACACACACACACACAUAUAUAUACGAGCGCUUUUUUGUUUGUAUAUUAAAGAAAGUAGAGGAGCAAACACACAUGAGCGUUGGUAGCUUUCCGGUUCUGUCGAUAUAUUAACGGAUAAAAUAAACGAGGAAACAGUUGUGCGUUUCGCGCGAACAACACACGGGAGCAUCGGUAACGAAAAGUCGAUAGUCCCAGUGUCGUUGUUCUGCAAUUUUCUAACGAUAAUAAUUACCUCGUCAGGCAUUAUCGCGCAGGUAUAACGUAUCACAUAAUAGUUGCGCAACGACGCUCAACACGACACCGCUAUUGUCAAUCAAAGUAAUUACAGAAUAAAGACUUUCCAGAGUUUCGGGUCGUGUGUAGCGUUACUUGUGCGAAGAGAGAUCGAAAUUUUGUCAUGCAUUCCGAUGGAGUUCAACGUCGAAAUGAGAAAGAGGCUUAAAAAGAAAAAAAAAACGAAGGCUAGUCACACAAUCGCAAUUUGAUUACGAAUAUUUUAGGUAUCGUCGUAAGAGAAAGGGAGAGAGAGAGAGAGAGAAAUUCCACAGAAGAAUUUUAUAUUACAAAGAUUUUUCUCAUGGUAUAUCUCGCCAUAGGAAUACACGUAAAUAUAAUAUUACGAGGCCUUUAUACGAAACAAAGUACGGAGAAUAUUUGCUGCUUUCAGGUAUUAAGAAGAGAGAGAAAGAGAAAAACUAAAUCGAUUAGGCAUCCAAUAAAAAAACGCCGCCGUUUCGGAUUUUUCAUUAGUGCCGUACCGACCGCGCGUAAUCUGGUACUCGAAAGUAAAUCGCGAACGCGUAUUCUCCGGUGUAUUCUGGAGGAGAUAUGCGCGUGUCGAUCGGUGUCUUAUUGUAAUCGUGUCCGGUGCCAAGUCUAAAUUGUACGAGUGCAAUAACUUGUUCCGCAGCACGUAUGCUCGCAUUAGACAUCACACAUGUACAUACGCGGUCUUAAGCCAAUGUCACACUGCAGAUCGGAGACAGAGGAUUGUGGAUUGAAAAUUAAAACUUGACCAAUUGGAACGAAGCAAGCCAAGAUCGAAGUUCGUUAAUUUAUCGAAAUCCAACCUUCAAUCCACAAUCCUCCAUCUCCAUAAUCCGUAGAUACAGGUUUUACACGGCCGUUCCACGAAUCACACACACAUAUACACAUACACAUAUACACACGCGCGCGCGUAUAAAGCGAUAUUUUAAUAUGAAAGGGAGAGAAAAUAAGAAAGAUGAAUGAGAAUUGUGUAUUUCGUAUUUACGAUAUUAUAUAGGUCGUUGGGCUUCGCGAGGGACCGACGACUUGUCAACGGUAGUAUUUAAGCGACAUAGCUAUUAAGACGAGGAACGGGACGCAAACAAUUUGUGAAAGAGUGAACGAGGACUUUUCAAAUAGAUUAUCGAUAUAGAA